AUGUCUACAAAACUUAAACUCCAUUCACCAUAGAUAUCCAAAACAAUUUAAACCUAUCAUCUUAAUAAUGAAGCCAUCUAUAGAUCUCUCUAAGUUUAAAAAUCACUCAAUCUAUUUUCAGAAUAAUAAGAUGAAUAAAUUAAUAUGAUUAACAACAAAAUUAUAAACUAAUAACUAAGUAUAUUCAACGAUAAUUUAAUCAACACAAAUCUCUAAUAAUAAACUCCUACAUAUGAAUAAAACAAUAUUUAAAUAUCUUUUAACACACUUAGAAAUAAUGAAGAAUAAUCAAUAUAAUCACUCUCUUAAAAAUUUUGUAUCUUUUGUUCUUAAGAUUAAAAACUAAUUUAAAUUUGUCCUUGUUCUUAUGCUCAUUAAAAUUGUGCCACUAAUUUUAUUUAAGCUGGAAGUAUAUUAAAAAGAAUGUCAUGCAGAUAGUGUAAACAGAAAUACCAUCUUAAAGGUUGUAUCUAAUUUAAUUUCUAAAAGUGGAAAGAAUUUAAAUUAUCUCUAUUCCUUGAAUUAUUAUUAAUGUUAAUCGUUGUAUUCAUAGUUAUCUAUUCAACAAUAAAACUCAAAGAAUAAUUAAAUUCAAAUUAGAUUAAAACUUAUUCAAAAAUUGUAUUUCUUUGUACUAUUGGAUUUAUUGUGUGUGUAGUUGUCAUUUCUAAGAUACUUUAACACUUUAAAACUAUCAAAUUUGAAGUGUAAUAAUACUAACCUAGAAAUACUGAAUAUAAUAUUCAAUAUCUUAAACUCCUUGUUUAAGAUUGA